AUGAGGGAUCUGGGCGAUGCCUUGUGUGUGUUGGAAAGUAGGAGCACUGCAUUAGAAGGCAUAAUAGAUGGCGAUGCCAGCACAAGGACCCAAUUGCUAGGCAACGCUAGCAAGGCGCUAGGCAGUGCCAGCAUGUUGGUCGAUGUUGAGCUUCGGUCAAGCAGGCCUAGUAUGCAGGUGACACUAGGAAACAGUUGGGAUUGGGGUGACGCUAGGAGAGGAAAAGGAGAGAAGGGCGACACCAGGCGAUGGGUGACGCCAGCCAGGCACAGGGCGAUGACGGUCGCAAGCCAGACGACGCAAGCGGGCUGGGCGCGAGAACUUGUGAAGUUGAG